CCUUUCAAUAUAAACAAAUUAGUAAGACGGAAAUAUAAAUAGAGUGCUCUUUGAAUCUGAAUAUGAUACCAAUGAGGGCAGAUUUUUCUGAAAGAAUAGAUUGUUUGUUGAUGCAAUUUAUUUCAAAAAUAUUUAUUACAAGGAGGCGUUUUCAUCUGUAUUGUAUUUGUAAAAAUUAAGUAACUAAAUGAAAUAGCUAGAAUUGGUUCAAGUUAUCAGUAAUCAUUUGAAUGCCAAAUAAACAUAAAAUUGGAUGGUAAUGAAAUCAUAAAAAGAGGCAUUUAUAAUUUAUAAAUGCAUUUGAU